UUUAGCAUUGCAUAAGUCUAUAAAACUAGGUGUGGACUGUCAAGAAAGUACUUGUCCAGUUUCGUUUUCCUCAAAGGCAGAUCAAUCCUUCUAUCUAGUUGACUGUAUACUGUACAGAUCAGAUCAGCUGUUAGUGUUUUGCUUCUUCUUCAGCCACCAGCACCACUGACAUUGACCAGGAUGGCAAUAAUGAAUGAUUAUCAGUGGCGUAGCAUAUUCAAGACUCAAGUAAAUAAUCUCAACCAAGGAGACUCCUGGCACCUGCAGUUUGAUCGAAAAAUUGUUCCUCAUCACCCAAAUCUGGGAUGGAGGGAGUACAUCGGGAAGACAAGUGCAAGGUUUAGAUGCACUGAAUGUAGAAGAAGAGUGUGGAAUUCCAACCAUGUGACGGUGGUCUUCCACAUGCACCUGGAAUCCGGACAGGGUACUGUCAAGGUGAAAUGCCUCGGUCAGAAAUGCAUCAUUUGCUGUGAUGGUUCAAUGGAGACCCCGGUCAUCGACUCCCAGAACAUCAAAAUCCUUGUGGAGAAUCUGAUGGAGGAGAUAAGAAUUCAGUGCUACAAUGAAAACCUGAACAAGGUGGAGAGGCUUCCUCAAAGUCUUCACAUCACCAGACGCCAUGAGCCUUCUCAUUGUCAGGCCUGUAUUGAAGGCACCUGUGGAUAGUAGAAGACAUGAGCGUCUUACCUUCAAAUCAGCCUUUUAUUUCUUAAAAGAAAAUUAAUGUUUGUCUCAGACAGUCUUAUUUCUAUUCUUCAUGGGUAGUUUGUUUUUAAUCAAGGCUUUCAGUUAAAAUGUAUGCCUAAACUAAUAUUAGCAAAUUGUUGACUUUGCUUCCUGUCACUCUGUUUUGCUGCAUUAGCUUCCUCUGUAAUA